AUGAAAACAGUGCGGUUUAAUAAGCAGGCACUGGCCAUCCUUGCCGCCUUUGGUGGAAGGCCGCGUGUCGGAGAGAAGCUUGUAGCUGUUCGUGAUGUCGCUAACCGACAUCGGGCAGAUGAGCUACAAGAGGAACAUCCACGUGUCAUCCACGCAAAGUCAGUUGGAGAAGUGGAACGGGUGGUUAGCCAGGAGACGGUUGAGAGGCUGAAACCGGCUCGAGUUGAUCUGAAACCUCCAGUCCAAGAGAAAACAAGCACGGAAGGAGAAGAAACAGGAGUUGGGAAAGCUCCAGUACAGGCUUCCGAAGGACUUGAAAAGUUGAUAGGAAAAAUUCAUUAUGAGGAUAAGGAUGAAGAGACUGAUCUCCGUCGACAAAAAGUAAAAGAAAUGAUGAUCCACGCUUGGCAAGGGUACAAGAACUAUUCAUGGGGAGCCAAUGAGUUGAAACCAAUGGCGAAGACUCCAAAUUCUCAAAACAUUUUCGGAGGAAGUCAGAUGCCAGCAACGAUUGUGGAUGCAGCUGACACUUUAUUCAUUAUGGAUUUGAAGGAUCAGUACAAGGAAGCCAGAGACUACAUUGAGAAAAACUUCUCCAUGACUAAAUCCACAUCGACUCUGUCCGUUUUUGAGACAACUAUCCGAUUCUUGGGAGGACUUGUUUCAUUGUAUGCGUUGACUCAGGAAAAGUUCUAUAUAGACAAGGCACGGGAAGUAGGAGAAGCACUUCUUCCAGCAUUUAACACACCGUCUGGAAUCCCAAAAAGUAAUCUGGAUGUCGCCUCAAAGCAUGCUAGCAACUACGGAUGGGCUAAUGGAGGACAGUCGAUUCUUUCCGAAGUUGGAAGUCUUCAUCUGGAGUUUUUGUAUCUCAGCCGCAUUGCCAAUGCUCCAAUCUUUGAAAAGAAGGUGAAAAAAAUCAGAGAUGCGCUUGAAAAAGCAGAGAAACCAAAUGGAUUGUACUCCAAUUACAUCAACCCAGAAACAGGAAAAUUCACUGGAAGUCAUAUGUCACUAGGAGCAUUAGGAGAUUCAUUCUACGAGUAUUUGAUCAAAAGUUAUGUUCAAUCGAAUUAUACGGAUAGACAAGCAAAGAAUAUGUACUGGGAUGUCAGUGAUGCUAUUCAGAAACACAUGAUAAAGGUGUCGAAGCAAUCCAAACUGACAUACACAGUUGAGCUGAACGGAGGACAGCCGCAACACAAAAUGGGUCAUCUCGCUUGUUUCGUUCCUGGAAUGUUCGCACUUCAAGCUAUCAACGAAGACACUGAAGAAGAGAAAUCUAGAAUCAUGACACUAGCAGAAGAACUGGCUAAAACAUGUCACGAGAGCUACAUUCGUUCUGAAACUCAUAUUGGUCCGGAGAUGUUCUAUUUCAAUGAUAUGGAUGAAGCCACUAGCAAACAUUCUGAGAAUGGAUACAUUCAAAGACCUGAAGUGAUUGAAGGAUGGUUUUACUUAUGGAGGUUGACUGGAAAAACUAUGUACAGAGAUUGGGUUUGGGAUGCUGUGCAGGCUGUUGAGAAGUACUGCAGAGUUGACAGCGGAUUCACAGGUCUCCAGAACGUGUACAAUCCGAAAGCAGGUCGUGAUGAUGUUAUGCAAUCUUUCUUCCUUGCCGAGUUCCUGAAGUACGCUUAUCUCACAUUCGCUGAUGAUUCUUUGAUUUCACUUGAAAAAUGGGUGUUCAAUACGGAAGCUCAUCCGGUUCCAAUUCUUAAUCAUUAA